UCGCCCAAGUUGCCAGACUUCCUGCCUGCCAACAGGAAAUACCAUCUCUAGUAUAAAGUUUUUUUUUCUUUUUUCACUUCCGUCUGAAUUCUUUUUUAUAGUUCUUCGAAAGGAUAAUCAUGCAGAACCCCGAAAAUUGGAUCAACACGGAGCUGGACGAUCUCCACGUUAAGUCACGCCCGACGAACCUCAUCAUAAAUUUUCUUCCCAGAGAUACUACGGACGAUGAGCUGCUCAAAAUAUUCUCCACAUUUGGGAGUAUUCGUAGUGUCAAGAUAGUUCGUGAUGGUUUUGGCCUUUGUGUUGGCUAUGGGUUCGUCAAUUUUGAAAGUACUAACGGUGCCAAAAUGGCCGAAAUCCUCUUAAACGGACUGCAGUUGCGCAACAAGCGCCUGAAGGUGGCCUUCGCCCUGCCCCGCAGUAGAGACACUGCCAAGUGCAAUCUUUAUAUUAGGUUUCUGCCGGCGAAGGUGAACGAGAUGUUGCUGGAAACCCUAUUCCAAGACUACGGCGGAAUCUGGUCGGUGAAGAUUUUGCGCAACAAGACGAGCAGCUUGAUGUAUCCACAGCAUAAUGUGGCCUAUGUGCGCUUCAGGCAACCCGCGGAUGCCGAGAGGGCCAGGAUCGCCCUCGACGGGUACCGCUUUCCGGGAUCCAAUGACCCCAUCUCUGUCCAGACUGCAAGAAACUUGAGGCGUGAAGAGGAGACACGUUGGUCGCGUCAGAUGAUGAAAACCCAGGUGAUGGGUUUCAAGUUUUCUCAAGCUCCAGACUCAGAUUCAGAGUGUGCCCUAGAUAUGCCUUGGUCUCCUUUGCGAGCUUCAGAGGCUCCCAUCCGUCCUGAAGGAUUCGUCUUUUCUGAUUAAGAUUGAGAUCUUGCCGCCAAAAAGACCCCUUCGCUUUGUUUAUUAACAUCCAAGCGAAGUAUUUCCAACGGAUUCCUCUUUUCAAAAUAAGAUUGAGAUCUGGCCAUCAAGGAGAACACUUGGCUUCGUUUACAACUACCAAAAAUCCAACCGAAGUUUCUUUAGCGUCACCAAGGACUCAUCUUUCCUGGUUUAGAUUGAGAUCUUGCCAGCAUCACCACCAAAAAUCAAAUCGGAGUUUCUCCAGCUUCCUCGCAGAUCUCCUCAAUUUCAAAGUAUUAUUUAAACAUAAUUUCCGAUAUUUUUUAUCAAAUUACAUUUCUGUAAACACUUAUACAUUUUUAUACCAAAGGAAUAUUUUUGGGCAUGCUUGAAG